AUGCAGAAAUUGGGCCCAAAGCUACACAUGAGUUGGCUUACAUCCAAGUUGGUGCAUGAGUUGGCUUACAUCCAAGUUGGUGGCUCAGCUAAUCUCAGUUACACUCUUCAAGACCACAAGAACUAUUUACGGGGCAAGCAACAGCGGGAGAUGGCAUAUGGUCAAGCAGGAAGCAUGCUUUUAUAUUUUCAGGAAAAAAUUGUUGAGAACCCAUCAUUUCAAUAUGCACUGCAGAUGGAUCGGGAAGAACCGAUUGCGAACAUAUUCUGGGUUGAUGCUAAAAUGCUCACUGACUAUGCAUAUUUUGGUGAUGUUGUAAGUUUUGAUACUACCUUUGGUACAAACAAGGAGAGUAGGCCUUUUGGCGUAUUUGUUGGGUUCAAUCAUUUUAGAGAAACAAUGGUUUUUGGUGCUGUUCUCAUGUAUGACAAGAUAUUUGAAUCCUUCAAGUGGCUAUUUGAGACCUUCCUGAGAGCCCAUAAUGGCAAGCAACCUAAAACAAUAUAUACCGAUCAAGAUUAUGCAAUGGGAAAAGCAGUUAAGGAAGUUUUUUAG